AUGUGGUAUCAACAGAUACAGAAUGUGUUCCAAGCACUGGUUCGGCAAUUUGUUACUUUUACCGAUCAAUCGGAUUACUUCGGUCUGUAUAGAACCCUGGCAACGAUAUCUGCCAUUCACUACGACGCAUUUUGCUGGAUCGAUCGGACCAUCUGGAUCAUGUACCGAUUUCUACCGAUUUUGGUGAACCUAUCCUACUUUUAUAAAGCCUACCGGCUCAUUCUACUCCCAGAAGACAACACAUCGGCGGCCGUUGUUAUUGCGUCCAUAUGGGGUUUCACGGAAGGCACGCUUCGCAUCGGCAUCAUCGAAAUGUGCUAUGGUACACUGUCGAAGAUCAUGACGUUUCUGAACGAACGCUCCUACCGUCGGCAAGAUGCUAUUGUACAUCAGCAACGAGCUGCCCUGUUCGUUCAAAACAACCGCAUUCAGUUUAUACUUGUUGCCACGAUGCUGGUAGAAGCGGUCUGGUUCAUGACGACGCAGCUUUUUAGCAGAGAUGCGUUUAUGCUGCAAAUUAACGGGCAUGUCGUGGAUAGUACUGCCAUACAAAUUCUCUACGGCCUAGUGUGUAACGUUUGGGGCUUGAUCUACGUGCUUUCAUUUGCUAUUUUCUACAUCAUUAUGAACAUCUUGCAACUGGAGAUGAUGAUAUUGUUGGAAGGCAUUACCAACGUACAGUCUACGGUUAUGGAUCGAACAAGACAUCAAAUCGAAACUCUUGAAGCAUCUGGACAUUCUUCACAAAUGCAACAGCUAGUCUUCUGGAAUAUUCUACAACCGGAACUGAACAAACACACCGCACGGCACGUUGAUUUACUUGAUAAUCUCAAGGAGUUUAGCUCGAUAGUCGGUCCAUUUUCGUUCGUGCAGUAUUAUGGCACAUUUGCGCUGAUCGCUGACUGUGGAUUCAUCCUCUCAAUAGAAGGACUGUCAACAAAUGGUAUGAUCUACCUCAUAUUUGUCACCGUCCUGAUAUUCCAAUCGUUCAUCAUCUGUCGUGGAAUUGAGAAGAUAAACGAUCUGAAUGAAUCCAUCGGUCUCGCAUUGUAUGCGGGAUUUAACUGGCCCGAAUUAUUAAAGUAUGACCAACGUUUCCGCUCCCGGCAUGCGGCGGCCCGGCAUACGUUGAUGCUUGUCAUUGGUCGAUCGCAAAAAGGUUUCCAGUGUUCAUACGGAGGCCUUGGAGGAAUAUCCAUGGAACGUUUCGCCCAGCUGAUGCAGAAAAGUUACUCGCUGUUGACGCUACUGCUUCAAUUUGCCAAGUGA